AUGCCACCCUCCAAGUCAGUUUCAUUUUCACAAGAAGAAGAUACAAAACUUGCUGAAUUGGUCAGUCAACAUCCAUGUAUUUUCGAUGUGGAACACAAAUUUUAUAAAAAUCAAGGAGUGAGAGAUAAUGUUUGGCAGGAAAUAUCCGAAUACAUGAACAAGAGUCUUGAUGAAUGUCGUAAGAGAUGGAAGAAUAUGAAGGAUACUUACAAUAAACACAAAAGAAAUAAAAAAUCAGGAUCGCGAUCGUCGGUGAAAAGCAAACCAUCAAAGUGGGCACUAUCACAUUCGCUUUCAUUUCUCGACGGCGUUUCAUGUGAACGAGAUACUCAGUCCACAAAUGUACUCAUUGCCGAAAAGGAAGUCGAAAAUGUAGUCGAAGACGUGGAGGUUCAAGAACUGAAUGAUACAUUUCUUCCAUCAAUUCCAUCUACAUCGGGAAGCCACGUGGAUCGCUCAGAACAGAGAGAUGUUUCAAGACCUGGAAAAAGAAAACUUAUCACCAAAAAAUUCCCAACCAACAACUGGGAUCAGAAUGAAGAGUGGAUCGUGUUGUUAAAAAAAGGGAUCGAAGAACGAAAAAUAAUUGUUGAAACCAAUAAAUUUGAGAAAGAUGAUCCGAUCGAUACCUUUUUUAAGAGUAUGGCAUCAACGGUAAAAACGUUUUCUCCGAGUUUAAAAAUUAGAGUGAAAAAGGAAGUUUUCAACAUAGUUAAUAAUUUGGAGUUUGAAAAUAACGAUAAUAAUGAUUCAACCUCAGGAUCAAAUGAUAAUUCUGAGUAUUCAUCUUAUAGUAACUUAAGUACACAGUCAUAUCUAUCAGGAUUUACGAAGUAUAAUAUCCCAGAAGUGACUAACAGUCAAAUAAUAGAAAACAAUUGUACUAUGCAGUUUGAAGAAAAUUACGAUGAAGAAACUCAACUGUAA